GGCUGGAUGGAACAACCAGGCCCGCCUGCCGGCCCGGUGCGCGUCCAGCUGAUGGUCGUCUUCGCCGGCGCGGCCGCCAUGGACGCCGCGCCGGCGAUGGCAUGACCGCAUGAGUCCACGACGGGCGCGUGGAGCCGGUGCCAUGCCAUCUGAUGUUUGCACCUCUGCUGGCCCGAGCGACGCCAGGCGCCGACGGCGACGCCUCAUUGAGUUCGAUUGGCUCACAUUGGAUGGUUGCAGUGCUGAGCACGUCCAGCACGAUUGGAGCAGGAUAAGGCGGCCAUGUGACCAUUGAUUGUUGACGAUGACGGGCGACGUUGCCACCGACGACGGAAAAUCGCAAGACCAUACCAUGUCAAUAUGUGUGGCUCCGUACUCCGCAGCUAGAUUCAGCUAAGAGCGAGGGCGAGAUGGCAGCGGGCGCCGGGCAGGACGCGGCGCGCGCGCCGCCGGCGCUGCCGUGGACGGUUCGUAUCCAGCUCUUCGGCCUCAUGGCGACCGUUGGCGCCACGACGCGGCGCGACGGCACGGUCAACCGCUUCGUCUUCAACCUCCUCGACCGCCGGGCCCGCGCCAGAGCGCGCCCGGACGGGUCCGGCGUCCGGUCCGCCGACGUCGGCGUCGGCGCGCCGCACGGCCUGUGGGCGCGCUUGUUCUCGCCGUCGGGGGCGGCCGGGGCGCCGCUCCCCGUGCUCGUCUACUUCCACGGCGGCGCCUUCGCGCUGCUCUCCGCGGCCUCGGCCCCCUACGACGCCAUGUGCCGCCGGUUCUGCCGCGAGCUCGGCGCCGUCGUCGUGUCCGUCAACUACCGCCUCGCGCCCGAGCACCGCUGUCCCGCCGCCUACGACGACGGCGUGGACGUGCUCCGCUACCUCGCCUCCACCGGCCUCCCCGGCAUCGAUGUCCCGGUGGACUUCUCCCGGUGCUUCCUCGCCGGGGACAGCGCCGGCGGCAACAUCGCCCACCACGUGGCGCGACGCUGGACAGCUAGCACCACCUCCUCGGAGUCCCCGCCUCCGUCCAACCCAAUUCGCCUCGCUGGCAUCAUCCUGGUGCAGCCGUACUUUGGAGGCGAGGAGCGGACGGACGCGGAGCUGAGGCUGGACGGCAAGGCGCCGGUGGUGACCAUGAGGGGCUCGGACUGGGCGUGGAGGGGGUUCCUGCCGGAGGGCGCCGACCGGAACCACUCCGCCGCGCACGUGACCGACGAGAACGCCGGCCUGGCCGACGGCUUCCCGCCUGCGAUGGUGGUGAUCGGCGGGCUCGAUCCGCUGCAGGACUGGCAGCGGCGGUACGCCGACGUGCUGCGGCGGAAGGGGAAGGCGGUGCGGGUGGUGGAGUACCCGGAGGCCAUUCACACCUUCUUCUUCUUCCCCGUGCUCCCCGACUCCGGCAGGCUCGUCACGGAGAUGAAGGCGUUCAUGGAUGAGAACAGCGCGUCCGAGCCGGCUGCUGCCUGAUCGACGAACCACCAUUUGGAAUGCCUGGUUCUUUGUGUUGAAAUUACGUGCUCAGAGUAGUGUACGGAGUAUAUUUGGGAUCAAACCAUCUCCACCCGUUGGCAACGGACAACUUGGCAGACUGGUGCCUCGUGGCCAGGAAACGAUUUCUUGCAGAUUGGAAACGGAGGAAAGGAUCUCUGGUUCUUUGGUCAUACUGAUUGCAUGGACAGUAUGGUAUGAGCAGCACUCGAUAGUGUUGAGUAGUACAGUCGGUUGGGUUGGGGUAGUCUGUCGCAGCGAGGAUCAUAGAAGACGGUGUGAAUUCAGAAUUGGACGUGAUUGUCGCUGUUACUGUAGACUGUCAUGUAUUGUCGGUUCUUUCUUUUGUUUGUAGUUUCGUCGUGGUACAUCCGUGUGUAAUAGGAUAAGGGCAAUUUAGUACUCACUUGGUUGCGUUGUGUAAGGUUCAUUGUAUAUUUCUCUUAAUCUCGGGAAAAAAAAGUAGUGUACUCAAUCUAAACGCGAAGAUUGAUUGGGACUUGGGAGCAGAA